AUGACCUCGCAAUAUGCUGCGGAGCUAUGCACGCUCCUCAUCGAAGAUAACUUUGGCGAGCUUUUCUCGCGCAUCUUCUCGACCCUCCUCCGCUACGAUCGACUUUCCCUCCCCCGCCUGAAAUUCUACUCUCGUCUCUCGGACCGCCAGCUUCAUCAUGGUCUUGCCGCCAUGAUCCAACAACAUCUCAUAUACCACUACACCUCAUUCGAAGAAGGCGUCACGUACUACGCACCAAACAUGCAGUCGGCAUACUACCUCGUCCGGUCCGGGAAGAUUGUGGAAUUUAUAGAAGACCGCCUGGGAAAGUAUGCAGCGAAGGUCAUGUCGACCAUCCUUUACCUCGGACACGCGCAAGUGAGCUAUCUCGAAACGCUCCCCGACCUACGACCUGAACCUCUCGACUCGAACGGAGCCGCCGCCGAAGAAAAUGGGGACGAGCAGGAACCAGUUGAAGCCAAUGGCGAGCAUACGACUUCUGAACGACCCGCUCUCCUUCAUCCGACGCUCAAGGCUUUGGCGGGCCACGGUUACAUAUCGCGGGUUAGGGAAGCGCAGUUCCAAAGCUACGCUGAUAACGUGUUGGACAUCGAGCGCGCAAUCAAGUCGAAACCCGAUGUCAAGGCUAUGAAGGGCAAAAAGCUCGAGGAAACGGUCAUUGAGGGGACGCUCACUUUACUCCGGGAGAGACUAGAUGGGGAUCUGACUCGUGGCCUGAUGUUUAACGGAGUUCCGCGCGGAACCAGACGAAAACAUGACAGUGCAGCCCCCGUGACUGCCAAUGGACCGGCUCGAACGGACUACGCUGCGGUUGACGAGGACGAGGAAGAAGAGAAUGAAUGGUCUGAUGACGAGAACGGCGAAGACACGAUACCAAUGGAGUCUGGAAUCACUAUCCGCGUGAAUUACGAGAAGUUUGACGUUGCUCUCCGCAACCGUCGCUUCCUCGACCUUGCAGAGCAUGGUUCGUCUUCAGCAACCGUCCAAGUCUAUGAAUCCCUUCUCCGCCGCAUCGAAUAUCAAACACCACAGUGCCGGGACACCACCGAGAUACCCCGCGAAGGUGAGGAGGGAGAACAGUAUUCCGCUCCGAUCCUCCUCAAAGCAGUAUGUGAAGACGUCGACCCCCGGCUGGACCUUGCCGGGUCCAUUGGUCCCAUGGAAGUUUCUCAACCCGCCAACCGACGGGGCAAACGACCGUUGGAUGACGAUGUUAACUGUGAAGGGGCCAACGGGCUACAAUCCGGGGGCAACCGCACCUAUGAAGUUGAUCAACACCUCUCUCUUCUCGCACAGCCUCCCUUCAACCUUACCUCCAAGCGCAUGGUCUCAGGACUGAUUAGCUGGACCGUCGAAUUCCGCCACCUAGCCCGUAAGCUUCGCCAUCUCGAACUAGAGCGGAUGAUCGAAGCACGGUACGGCGACGUCGCCCUGCGAGUGAUUCGCGUGCUUCACGCCAAGGGUAAACUGGACGAAAAACGACUGCAGGAAAUCAGCCUCCUCCCGUUUAAGGACCUGCGACAGGUCCUUGCGAGCAUGCAAGCUGGAGGGUUCGUGGAUCUACAGGAGGUGCCGCGCGAUGCGCAACGGCAGCCCUCCCGUACGAUCUAUCUCUGGUACUACGAUCCGGAUCGCAUCCGGAAUAGUGUGUUGGAAGAUACCUACAAGUCGAUGUCUCGGUGCCUACAGCGUCUGCGGUUCGAGCGAAAUCGAUUGAAGGAGUUUUUGGAAAAGACAGAACGCAGUGACGUGAAAGGAAACGAGGAGCGGUAUCUGUCCGAGGCGGAAUUGACCCUAUUAGAGCAGUGGAGGGCUAAAGAGGCUUUGUUGAUAGGGGAAGUGUCUCGGCUGGAUGAGAUGGUGGCCGUCAUGAGAGAUUAUUAA